CACCAGCAACAGCAGCAGCUCCAUCAGCAUCACAAUUCCAGCAGCAGCAGUCCGGGACCCGUGGGUCUGGCCUCUGGAACGACUGUCAAUGGCAGUGGGCUCCUGGACGACGGCUAUGGCUCGCCAAAGAGCAGCCACAGCGGCGGCGGCGGCGGUGGAAGUGGAGGUGGCACCUUGCCUGCCUUUCAGCGCAUUGCAUCGGCGACCAGCGGCUACGGCAACGGCGUGGCCAAUGGCUCUUCGGUGGUCAGUGGAGCCGAACGGUCCGCUGGCUAUGCAUCGCUGGCCAAUUAUCGCACUCAGAGCGAUGCCUGGACGGGUCAUUACGAGCCAAUCAGUUACGCAGCAGCCACCGCAUCCGGUGUCCAGACACAGCUUGGAGGCGGCCUUGGUGGGGCCGGGGUGAUACGCAACGGACGAGAGAUAUAUGCCGCGAAUGCAGCAGCGGCGGCGGCGGUAGAUGGCGCCGCAGGACGAGUGGAUCCAGGAUCCUAUCUAACAGCAUCCGCAUCGUUGUCAGCAAUGGCCGCUGAAUCGGGCGGGGAUUUCUAUAAGAGCUACCCAUUUAAUGUGAACGCCAGCGGCAGUGGCCGUAGUAAGGCCAACACCCCAACAGCCGCGGGCACAGUCAUAGCCACUGCUGCUGCAACUGCUGUUGCGGCGGGGGCAACGGCAGCCCCAGCGACAGCUUCGACGGCAGCGGUAAAUGCAACAACGACGCUUGAAGAGCACGUUAGUCGCGCCAAUUCGAGACGCUUGAGUGCCUCGAAGCGCAAUGGCCUGUCGUGCAGCAAUUGCCUCACCACCUACACAUCUUUGUGGCGCCGCAAUCCUGCCGGAGAGCCUGUGUGCAAUGCCUGCGGGCUGUACUUUAAGCUGCACAGCGUCACGCGUCCGUUGGCCAUGAAAAAGGAUACCAUUCAGAAACGCAAACGUAAACCCAAGGGAACGAAGAGUGAAAAGUCCAAGAAAAUGAAAAUGGCAAUGAAUGCCAAUAUAGAGGGAGGUUCAGGCAAUGGUGCAGGGUCUGCAGGCUCUGGCUCCCACAAUGUGGGCCUGAGCUUGGACGUCAACGAAGAUAUGAAACCAUACAUGCCAUACACCACAACCACAUCGCAACACCACCAGCAGCAGCAGCAACAGCAGCAAUCACAGCAACAGCAGCAGCAUCAUCAUCAGCUCAUUGCUGAUCAGCAGCAGCAUUCAUCGGCUGCCAGUUCGCCCCAUAGCAUGGCCUCCUCCUCACUAUCCCCCUCAGCCACAUCACAUUCCCAUUCGCAUCAACAACAGCAGCAGCAACAGCAUCAGUUGUGCUCUGGCCUGGACAUGUCGCCCACGUCGCCCUAUCAAAUGUCCCCCAUCAACAUGCAGCAGCAGCAACAUCUGCAAGCUCAACAAUUGAGCGCGAACAGCAACAACAGCAACAGCAACAGCGGGAGCGGGAGCUCGGAUCAUCAUCUAUUGGCGCACCUGAAUGCGAACUCCAUUACGACGGCAACACUUGCAGCAGCGGCUGCAGCGACGAUCAAACCAGAGGCCACAUCGUCCACAGCCACAGCCACAGUGACGGGAUCAACACCGACCACGGCAUCGAGCACAUUAUCCUCACUGAGCCUCAGCAACAGCAACAUUAUCAGUCUGCAAAAUCCCUAUCAACAGCUGGGGCUUGGACCGCAGGCGAUGGCAUUGUCUAAGCCAGGAGGACGCGCCGCCUCCCCGCUCUACUAUAUCACGGAGGAUGAGCAGCACAUCAAACUGGAGCAGAUAGAACAUCAGCAUCAUCAGGAGCACCAGCACUCCCAUCAACAGCAUCAGGGAGAGCUAAUGCUCAGCCGAUCGGGCUCGCUGGACGAGCACUACGAACUAGCGGCCUUUCAGCUGCAGCAGCAAGAGCUCCGUCUCCAGCAGAGUCUGCUCCACGAGCAGCAGGUGGCCAGCUAUGCCAUGCAAGCAAAGCAACUGCAGGAGCUGGAACGCAAGUACGGCGUGGAUCGGGAGACUGUGGUGAAGAUGGAGUAGACGGUGAAGAUAUACAUGGUGCACUGUAGCAUGACCAAAGAUCCUGUUGUUAAAUCUCAUAGCUCCAAAGAAUUUUUAGCGUGUAUACCCAAGAGCAGUUCUCCAAGAACCCUCCUCUAAACUCUACCCUCUAUUCUCUACAUAAAAUUUAAGCAAAUUGAUUGACAUUUCCAUUAGGCCACUCUGAAUCGCGCACUACUCGAAUUUUUCGUUAUUUAAAACCUAGUUUAAUUCUUAGAAAAUUGCUAUAUUAUCGAAUGCAGAACCUAGUUUAAUCGCCAUGCAAAGCCCUGAGAGAAGUUCGUCGUGUGGCAUCUCUUUGGUGUGGCAUCCAUUUAACUUUUUUUAUUUGUUAUCAAAUCGAAUGAAUACCUUUUGAGAUUUCUCCUACAAUCAGAUCCCACUUAGAAAUUAGAGCUCUUAAUUUUAGUUGCGCAACAAAAAGCGAAAACAAUGAAAAAACGAAUAACAAGCGAAACAACCUACAAUCUCAUUCAAUUUAGUUAAUAAUUUAAUUAUAUAUUUUAUGCCACUAUAUAUAGAA